UCAAUAUAUAAUCAAAUGUUACAACUGAAAGCAAUGCGUUUAUUUUACAACAACAAAACAUUAAUACAUGAGCGCUCCAUAAUCACGACUGGCUCUCUAAUCUUAUUGGUCAAUUUUAUUUCAACCUUUCAUCAUUUUGAAAAAUAACGGUAUAAAGCAAGGAUAUUCCAGACCAGACGCGCAGUUUUAUAUUAAUUGUCGGGAACAUCAGUCGAGAUUGUGCACAUUUGUGAAUAAUUCCCCAGAUUCAAGAUGAUCUCAGUCUGCUGCUUCAGCUUGGCAAUAAUUUUUUUUCAAGCAGUGGCCGUCCAAAGCCAAUUACCACCCGAUGGUGGACCUCCCGGCGGUGGCCCUCCCGGCGGUGGCCCAGCUCCAGGAACUGGAAACACCUGUUUGGAUUUGGCAUUUAUGAUAGACGUAUCUUGCUCCGUAGAUAAUGACGACAUGGAAAGGGCAGUUGACUUCGCCAAAACUGUCCUGAAAAAUUUGAAUAGCGCAAUGACGGAAGAUCGAGACACAACAGUUCGGGUUGCAGUGGGGAUAUUUAUUGAUCGAGUACAUAAAAUAUUUUACCUGAAUGAAUACACAGAAAAUGAAGUCGCCAUCAUGGAUGCUUUAGAAGCCGCAAAACAAAAACUCAAACCGGAAAUCAUGAAGUGUAAAACAAACACACAUUACGCAAUAAAUGCCCUGAAUUCAGAGUAUUUUCAAGAAGCAAAUGGUGAUAGAGACAAUGCAAAGUACCCGAAUGCCGCAGUUAUAAUCACUGAUGCAAGAACAAUGUCCAGGAAGGCAGUUAACAAUGGUCAUCUUGGAAGAUAUUUAGAUGACGCCAGAAACUUGGAGAAUGUACUCUACACUGUUCUUGUGGAAAAUAAUCGUAACAAGCCUCCGUUGGAUGAUGCUCUGUUGACUGGAAAUGAUACAAGCAAACUGUUUGACAUACGAACUGGCAAUGACAAUGCCGAAGCUGUUCGUUUAGCAAACGUUCUAAAGGUCAACACUUGUCCAUUCGAUCCAGAACGUGCUGAAAAGGACGUUUGCGCUGACAUCAUCUUUGCAAUAGAUGUCUCAUGUAGUAUUACGUCCGAAGACAAA